AACAAGCCACUCUGGAUCGCACCCGGCCCGAAAGUACCCAUUACGCUAGCAGCAUUGCCACGCUGUAUGGCAAUGGAUAAUCUCUGAACCAGGUACGACCCAGACCGAGGAUCGUGGCCCUGCCCUCUGAGGCGGUGGCCAAUUGCGGCAAUAAACUUUUUGGCCUCCGAACUCCACACACCCGUCGUUUCCACUGCCACUUGAACAAACAGGUAUGUAGAUUUCAGAGCAUCGUACUUGGCAUGCUUCGUUUUAGCCGACGCCUCAGCAGCAAAGCCCGCACAUUGUCGGGUCCCAGAUAAAUGACACGCCGCGUACGUACAGCUACAGGUUGCGUCCCAUAACAAGCAGCGUCCCUGUUCCCAAGGAAUCAGAGUCAAACCGAUGUGUUAGUAUCGAUAGCGCAAUAUCGACUAAUACAACACUAGCUCAUUACGUCAACAUAAAAAUCCUCGGAGCUCGCGCGCGGACAGUAUAUAGGUCCAUAAGUGUAUAAUCUAUGUAUAGGUCUAUGGUAUAUACCUAGUUUUUUUGGCAUGUUUAUUGACGUAAAAUGUUAUAUUGACAUAGUGAGUUCUAUUUGUUGAAAUACAUUUGAAUACAAUGUUUAUGGUGAUAUAAUGGCACUGAUAACAAAGUCAACAGCUGUAACAGUAUUGUUUAUAACAGGGAUAAUUAAGGCAAAAUCUGAAAGCGAUCCAAUUUCAAAAGAACCAUAUAGGCCACUCGGUCCUUUAGUUAAAUGUUCAUAUCUACCGCUGGAAUUCCUAGAUUGCGACGAACCUAUCGACCAUAAAGGGAAUCACACCGCCCGGCAAGCCACAGGCCAUGGUUGCGUCAAAUUUGGAGGUGUCCGAUAUGAUCAAGUUGAGAAAGCUAAAGUUCAGUGUAAAGCCUUGGAUGGAAUUGAAUGUUAUGGCAGUCGAAGCUUUCCGCGUGACGGUUUCCCGUGUGUGCGAUACUCUGGACAUUACUUUACGACCACCUUGAUUUAUAGCAUCUUGUUAGGAUUCCUAGGUAUGGAUAGAUUUUGUCUUGGUCAAACAGGAACAGCUGUGGGGAAACUUUUGACCCUAGGAGGGCUUGGUAUUUGGUGGAUCGUUGAUGUAGUGUUAUUGAUUACCAACAGCCUACACCCUGAAGAUGGUAGUAAUUGGAAUCCAUAUGUUUAAUAAUACCUGUAUAUAUGGAAUUUCAUCAAAAAUGAAAUUGAUUCAUUAUUGUUAUAGUUAAAUGAAUAUAAUUAUUAUACUGAACCUUCUUGUGAUAUUUUAUUAUUAAUAAAUAAAUAAUAAUAAA